AAAUCAAGGAAAUUGAUAAGAUUUAUUCCGUGACUCCUACCAAAGAACUUUAUAAGAAGAGAGUUGAGCUUCAAAUGGAACAUAGUUUACUAUUAUCUUCUUCAAUUGAAAAUCAAUUAAUUAGGACCAGGGCUCAAUUCUAUAUUCACAGUGAUCGAACUGGCAAACUGUUAGCUAAUCAAUUAAAAGCUAUUUCGACUAAGUGACAAAUUAUUAAAAUUCGCAAACAAGACGGUAAUUUAACUACUGAUCAUAAAGAAAUUAAUAAUACUUUUCAAGAUUUUUAUAAAUCUUUAUAUCAAUCAGAAUUUGAUGGUGACCAGUCCAUGAUAGAUAAUUUUUUUAACAAUUUGAAUAUUCCUAAACUGAUAGAUGAAGACCAUAGCCUGUUAGAUGCUCCUAUCUCUAUGGUAGAAAUAGGAGAGGCUAUCUCAUCAAUGAAUUCAGGGAAAGCUCCUGGUCCUGAUGGUUAUAUAGUAGAAUUUUUUAAAACUUUUUCUUCUUUGCUCUCUCCUUGGUUAUGUGAAAUUUUUAAUGAUGCGUUUGCUAAGAAGAGAUUACCUCAAUCUUUUUAUGAAGCUAAUAUCUCUUUAAUUCUCAAAAAAGAUAAAGAUCCUACUUUAUGUACAUCUUAUCGCCCUAUAUCACUAUUAAAUGUAGAUUCUAAGAUUCUUACAAAAAUUUUAGCCAUUAGAUUAGAAAAAGUACUAUCACAGAUUAUUUCAGAAGAUCAAACUGGUUUUAUGAGGAAUCGGUAUUCCUUUUUUAAUGUUAGAAAAUUGAUUAAUAUAAUUCAUACUUCACCACCCACAAUCCCAGAAUGUGUUAUCUCAUUAGAUGCUGAAAAAGCUUUUGAUAGAGUUGAAUGGACAUACUUAUUUAAUACAUUGAGAAAUUUUAAUUUUAGUCCUAACUUUAUAUCAUGGAUUAAAUUAAUAUAUUAUAAACCUGUUGCUUCUGUUCUUACAAAUAACUAUAGAUCCUCUUUUUUUCAAUUAUCUCGUGGUACGAGACAAGGCUGUCCCUUAAGUCCUUUAUUAUUUAAUAUUGCAUUAGAACCUUUAGCUAUUGCUAUUCGUGAAUCUCCUAAUAUUUUUGGUAUUACCCGUAAUGAGAAGUUAUACAAAUUAUCACUUUAUGCUGAUGACUUGCUGUUAUAUAUUUCUGACCCUGAUAGGUCUAUUCCUGCUAUUUUAUCCUUGUUGGUUCAAUUUGGUAUUUUUUCUGGUUAUAAACUAAACUUAGAUAAGAGUGAAUUAUUUCCUUUAAAUGCACAAACUUUAUUGAGUGAUAGGAUACCAUUUAAAGUUGUUACUGAUAACUUUACCUAUUUAGGUAUAAAAAUUACCAAGAAAUAUAAAGAUUUAUUUAGACUGAAUUUUUUACCUAUGCUUCAUCAAAUUCAUCAACUUACUACAAGAUGGUCUCCUUUAUUUUUAUCAUUAAUUGGUCGGAUUAAUGCUAUUAAAAUGAUGAUUUUACCGAAAUUUUUAUACUUAUUUCAAGCCUUACCAAUUUUUAUUUCUAAAUCUUUUUUUGAUAACAUUGAUUCAAAAAUUUCCUCAUUUGUGUGGCAAAAUAAAAACCCUAGGUUAAGUAAAAGGCAAUUACAAAAAUCUAAAAAAGAUGGUGGUUUAGCUUUACCUAACUUUAGAUUUUAUUAUUGGGCAAAUAAUAUUCGUAAUUUAAUGUAUUGGAAAUGUAUUUAAUGUAUUGGAUUCACCAUUGUGCCCACAGUGGGUAAAUUUGGAAUGUAAUGAGGUAAAGGAAUAUUCUCUGUUCUUGGUUCUUGUCUUCCUGCUGAUUUAGUUAAAUUUAAUAAACAAAUAUCUAAUCCUGUUAUUAAACAUACAUUACGAAUUUGGUUUCAAUUUCGUAAGUUUUUUACUUUGAAAAACUUUGUUCUUGAUAGCCCUAUCUUAAUUUCUUUUUCAAACCCUCUUGGACAGAUCAAGCUUUUAACAUAUGGAAAAGGAAAGGUAUAAAAUGUUUUCGCGAUCUUUUCUUUGAAGAUACUUUGAUGUCAUUUGACCAACUUUCCAACAAAUUUGAAUUACCUAAAUCUAAUUUUUUCAGAUAUUUACAAAUUAGAAAUUUCUUACAUAAAGUUUUACCAUCUUUUCCUAAUUCAACUUUAGUGGAUUUUACAGAUUUGAUUUUUACCUUAAACCCUUGUCAGAAGGGAUUAGUAGCUUUUAUUUAUAAUAUGAUUAUGAAGAUACAACCAGAAAUAUCAGUUAGAAUUAAACAAGAAUGGGAAAAAGAACUUCGAUAUAAUAUAUCAACAGAUAAAUGGGAAAAAAUUUUGCAAAUGGUUAAUUCCUCUUCUAUAUGUGCUAAACAUGCUUUAAUACAAUUUAAAAUUGUACAUAGAGCUCAUAUGUCUAAAGAUAAACUUGCUCGAUUCUAUUCUCAUAUUAACCCUCAAUGUGACAGGUGUCAUUCAGAAGUGGCCUCAUUGACCCAUAUGUUUUGGUCAUGUCCCACUUUACAUGACUAUUGGAAGGACAUUUUUGCUAUUAUUUCCUCAAUUUGGAAUAUAGAUUUACAACCUCAUUUUAUUACUGCAAUUUUUGGCAUACCAAAUGAAGAUGGUAAUCAGUUUUCCCCUUCAAUCAGACGAAUGAUUGCUUUUGUAACAUUAAUGGCCAGAAGGUCUAUAUUACAAAACUGGAAAGAAGUAAAUCCUCCUACCACGUUCCAGUGGUUUUCUCAAACUAUUUCUUAUUUGAGCUUGGAAAAAAUUAGAAGCACUAUUUUUGACUCAUCAAUUAAAUUUGAAGAAACUUGGAGACCAUUUAUUCGACAUUUUCAUAUGAAUUAAUUUGGCCUUUUCCAGACCUUCUUUCUGCUUAUUCAUGUUCAGGUAUGGAGUUCUGGAGUUUUUUGACACUAUCAUAUACUUGUAAGCUAUUAUUAUUGCCCAUGUUAGUUUAGUUUAGUGUUUUAUUUUUUUUAAUAUAUUUUUUUUUCACAUAUUUUCAAAUUUUUUCUUCUUUUAACGGUUAUUUUUGGGUUUUUUUCAUAUAUAAUCAUAUGGACUUGAAUGAUUAGGUAUUUUUUUCUGUUGAUGUUUAAUAGGAUAUUGUUAUCUUAUUAUUAAUGUGAUUUCAAGUCUAUUGUAUUCAUAAUUUACUCAUUAUUAUGUUAUGUUUUUUUUAUAUGUAUAUAUGAAACUCAAUAAAAAGAUUGAAAAAGAAAGAAAGGAAAUGGAAAAAGAAGGGGUGAGGGAGAGGAAUUUAUGAAAUUGAAGAACUUAAAUAGGCAUAGCACACUGAUCCAGUCCAAAUGUGGGAGGAUGGUAUUAUUGUAAAUGGACCAGUAUCAAUGUGAUGGGACUAAGGGCCUAUCUGUGUUUUGUACAACUCUGUAGAUCUACAAGGUGUGACUGCCUCCUGGAACAAGGUGUACCAGCAGCUUUCCCUUCCUUGAUGCACUGUUGAUCCAGCUCCCACGUUGUGAACAAGCCACAGCUUCCCAACUGAAUGACUGGGAGAUUGUGGUCCAUGCCAUGGCUUUAAUCGAAGGAGUGGGUGAUGAGGUGACUGUGCUAUUCAGCCUGGUAUUCAUCUUGCUGGUUCUUGUCCUGUCAUGGGCUUCUACUCACACCAUCGAUCGAAGCGACCAAGCACAGCAACUUGCUGAUGGUUCUCCCGUGGAGCUGCAGGACCCUGCUUGCCCAUUUUCCACUGAGGCCUCAGCACAGCCUGCAGCAUCCGAGACUGCAACAAUAGAACCAGGAUGCACAGCAGAGAGCCAGAGAGAUGGGACGGAGGAGGAGAUGGAGAGCCAGAGAGAUGGGGCGGAGGGGGAGAUAGAGAGCCAGAGGGAUGGGGCGGAGGGGGAGAUGGAGAGCCAGAGGGAUAAGGUGGAGGGGGAGAUGGAGAGCCAGAGGGAUGGGGUGGAGGGGGAGAUAGAGAGCCAGAGGGAUGGGGCGGAGGGGAAGAUGGAGAGCCAGAGGGGCGGGGUGGAGGGGGAGAUGGAGAGCCAGAGGGGCGGGGUGGAGGGGGAGAUGGAGAGCCAGAGGGGCGAUGGGGAGGGACAGGGAGACCAGGAGGAGCAGGAGUGGCAGAGGGAUCAGGGGCAGGAACAGAGGAACAGGUCAGAAGGGCAGGGGCAGAGGGACAGGGUGGAGGUGGAGAGACAGGAGAAAGAGAAGAGGAAUGACAUAGAAGAGCAGGUUGUGCCUGAACCCGAGGAGGCAUGGCCCACAGUCAGUGCCACUGAGGACCUGGUUUCAGAUCCCGUGCCUGUACAGUUACGGCAGCGACUGACCACAGCAAGAGGCAGGGAUGCAGCUGAGACUCAGGCCAUUGGUGGCCAUCUUCCCCACAGUGACUGUGCACAGGACAGCUCCAUGGUGAUGAGACUGAAGUUUUUGAAUGAUACAGAGAGAAUAGUUCAGGUCAGACCUGAACAUACGAUUGGACACAUAAAAAGGACUCAGUUUCCCCACCAGGAGCACCAGGUGCGUCUUAUAUACCAAGGGCAGCUACUGAGAGAUGACACACAGACACUCUCCUCACUUCACAUCACGGGCAACUGUGUAGUUCACUGCCACAUCUCGCAGAAUGCAACUCCACAGACUCCAGCAGGGAGCCAUGCAGCGGAGAACACUGACACCACCCUCAACAUCGGGGGUCUCAUGCUGCCCCUCUUCCUCCUUAUGCUCUCCAUUCUGUGGUAUUACCAGAUCAACUAUCGGCACUUCUUCACACCACCUGCUACGAUCUCGCUGGUCGGCAUAACCAUUCUGUUCAGCUUUGUGGCUUUCGGAGCUUACCGACGGUGAGAUUGUGAGCUGGCUCACCCUGCUGACAGUGUACUCCAUUCAGGACUGGCACCAAUGCCAAUUUUUAUCAAUUGAAACUGUCAGUCAUUUUGAAGGUGUGGUUACAAUGUUAUCGUGUGAUUUUCUGCUUUGUUACGGAGCUGUUUGAUGAGGCAGUAGUGCUGUCAUUGACAUUGAUAAAGCUCUUUGCACCUUAUGACUGCAGUCAGGUCAUGAUUUUAUACCUUGCCUACUCUGCAGGGGUAUUGUAAUGAUUGGGGAUCCUCAUCACCCUGUCCACCAUUGUCCAUGUUGGGUCCAGCCUGGCCGGGGAAUCUUCAUUUAUGUGCAUGCUUCUGAAGGGGAGAUAAAACAAGAACAAGGUUUUCCUCUGCCCCACUAACUGGAUGUUAAAGGGCCAGCUUCAUAAUCCAAGUCAGUUACGUCUGGAAAGUUAAAGAAAAUUCUGAAGGCAUUUAGCCCAUCUACUUGACUCCUGCUCUUUCCAUACCCCUGUAUUAUUCCCAAGUUUAACCCCAGUGACCUAUUCUCUCAACCAUAUCCCAUCACUUUUUUCUUUAGUUCUAUUGAUUCAAAUAUUUUUCCAGUAGUUUCUUAAAAAUGCAGUGCAUUUCAUCCUAUUAUUCCGUGCUCUGUCAUUAUUCAUAAGAGGAGGUCUGGAUGUUUCCUGGUGUUGAGCGGUUUGAUCUUUACUACAAGUCUUCCAGUUUUCUAACUACUGGCUCUAUCUGUAAACUUUGUGUUUUGAUCUUGUGUCAUUUAGGUACAUGUAUUUGUUAUUCAAGAUACUAUUAAAAACUCCACUCGCUCUUUACUCAUUUCUUUAAAAGGCUGAGGUAUGGAAAUUAUCUGGAUGUAGACAAAGGGUAGUGAUUGAUGAAAAUUGUUCUUGCUGAACGUCUGUGACUAGUGGUGAUCAAUGGGAAUCCAUGCUGGAAUCUCUCCAGAUUAUGAUAUACUGUAUAUAAGUAACCUGGAUGAAAAUGUGGAUGGGUGAGUAAGUUUGCAGGCAAUAUGAUGCUUGGUGGCAGGCCCUCAGAAGCUCAAGUGUUGUAAAUAACAACCAUAUUUUAAUUUGAAACUGUAAAUUGUGCAUUUAAUUAAAAUUUAAGUGUUGCUUAAUA